AGGCCAAAAUUGCAUGUCAAAUCAAAUUUAGAGGGCAUAGAAACCGCACCUGUCGCAAUUACCUGGUUUUAUUGGUGGCUUGGCCGAUUUCGAGAAGGUGUAGACUUUCGCGACCACGUGCCGAAUACUUCCCAGACUAACUUAAAAACGCAGACAGCUGUUCCAGUAAAAGCAAACUCCCCAACAAAACAAACUGUCAUCAGGCCACAUCCCUCGUGGAGUGUUCGGUUUUGCUAUAAAACCUCCCCUAAAAGCCCUUGGAUAAGAGGAACCGCACCUACCCUGAAAUUUACACACAGGCUUUAAAGAGAGGGAAAGCGACCAGAGAGUGUGAAGUGAUCCCAGUGUAGGUACUUAGAGAGAGACCGAGAUUUAUUCGUCAUAAACUUUGUAUGUAAGCAGAGGAGAGGCCUAGACACGGUAGAAAUUCGAGCCAAGUCUGGAGAGAGAGAGAGAGAGAAAAGUGAAUAUUGUGAGUUUGAGACAGAGAGAGAUAUGAAGAUUGAAAAGCAGAGCUCAAGGCUAGUAACCCCAUCCUGUGAAACCAAACCCCUUACACCUUCAACCUGCACCAUCAUCACCUUAAACCCCUUUGACCGAGCAGCCGGCAAUGACCACAUCCCCAUAAUCUUUGCCUACAAAGCUCCAACACCCCCUAACUCGGCCAUUGAGCGUGGCCUUGGCCUCGUGCUUUCCGAUUAUCGCGUGUGGGCUGGCCGCCUCACAGACGAUGAAAGAGCCGUUGUCCUCAACGACAAAGGUGUGCGCUUCGUCGAGGCCACGGCUUUCUGCACAUUAGAUGAGGCUAGUCCCUUCAAAUCAAACACCCAAUUAUGGGACCUUCACCCAAGCGUCGAAGACGUUGAGGAGCUAAUGCAAGCCCAGCUCACUCGCUUCACGUGUGGCUCCCUUGUUGUUGGCUUCACAUCCAAUCACAUGAUAGCUGAUGGCGAGGCCACGGGCAGGUUCCUUGCUGCCUGGGGGCAAGCCACUCGUGGCUUAUUGGACUAUCCGGUACCAAUACAUGACCGAGCCAUGCUCAAGCCACGCGAUCCACUCUCCAUCGAGUUCGACCACUUGGGCAACGAAUACAUGGAGAAGAGGCUCGUAAAGGAGUUUUCAUGGGAGGGAAUAGUGAACCAGCUCAGAAUGCAAAAAUUCCAUUUCUCACCCGACUUUUUAGCCAAGCUCAAGGCCCGCGCGUCGGUGCGUUGUCCAAGCGGCGGCGGCUAUAGCACGUACGAGAGCGUCGUCUCUCACGUUUGGCAAAAGGUGACGCGGGCAAGGGGCGCUAGCGUGGGCGAGGAGGAGAUAAGCCAGGUGGGCAUCUCCGUCAACUUGCGCACCCGCCUAGUGCCUCCGAUUCCCCGUGAAUACUUUGGCAAUAUGGUUCUGUGGGCUUUUCCUCGAACCACGGUGCACGAGUUAUUGAGCCAGCCACUGGACCGCGUGGCUGCGUUGGUGCACGCGGCGAUUGCGCAAGUGAAUGAUAGAUACGCUAGGUCUUUUGUGGACUUUGACGCUCUUGUGGAGAGAGAGGGGCGUUGGGGUGAGUUGGUCCCCACGGGCGAGGUGGAGUCGGCGGUGUUUUGCCCUAAUUUGGAGGCCUCUAGCUGGCUAUGGUUGCCGUUUGAUGAAAUGGAUUUUGGGAGUGGGGGGCCAGAUGUCUUCAUGCCGUCUUUCAUUCCUUACGAUGGGGAUGUGGUGAUUGUGUCACCGAUGAAAGGGAAGAGGGGAAUAGAUGUGUAUGUCUGCCUAUUCGAGAACAUCAUGCCUGUGUUUCAGGACAUAUGGCACACCCUUGACUAGAUAACCCCAGUCCUCUCUCUCUCCUCACACGAGAUCUGUCGCAACAUAGGCUAGAUCUCUAGAGUGGGGACUCACUCUCGCACAUAAAUCGGAUUACUCCUCCCCUGAAUCUCUCUCUCCCAGUACUCCCUUGCGACCUAUGUUUAGGAUUUUAGAAGGGACGCGGUUUCUAUGCGGCCAAUCCCGCAUAUGUAAGAAUGGAGGCUUCUUAAUAAAUUUAUUUUUGAAA